CGCUCCGCGUCCUUAAGUGACGUCACAAUCCACAAACACUAAAGCAUGAAGUCCUCCGUCAAAUACCUAUCUUCGGGUGUAAAUCAGACACCCAGGUGUAUUGAUUGGUGUGGAGACACAGUGGCUUAUGCGGCGGACACAGGAAUAAUAUUAUAUAACCCUAAGGUCAGUAAAGUUGUGGGAGCCUCUCCAAAAAUACACAAGAAUAAGGUUACUUCAGUGCGAUGGAUCCAGCCAGACUCAUCAACUGGCCAGACAUUUUUAGUCAGCACAGGAGCAGAUUCAUCAGGUUUUGUAUGGACUGUUGGCAAGGAAGAAGUCGAAGGUCUUCGUACGCUGCAGUACAUUGCAACUUUAGAGCACUACGAAGUCGCAACUAUGUCUGAUGGGUUGGUUAUUGACGUUGCUGGAGAGGAGAAGCUUCUGAUUGUAACGGCUGCCUCUGAGGUGGUCUACUGUUGGAUUGUCUGCCCGGUGACAGGUGAAAAAGAGUGCAGAAAAGCAUUCACUAUUUCAAACUCGCCAUUGAUCACAAGCCUUGCACUAAUGAAGGUCGAAGAGUUACACUAUCCAUUGCUCUUGUGUGGUGGGCACGACAGCAAAAUAUACAUAUUCUCUUGUGAUAAUGUAGCUGAUUACACUCAGCAAGCAGUUCUCACCGGUCACGAAGACUGGGUGACUUCACUGGACGUAAUGCGAGAGGAUAGUGGUGGACUGUUGCUUGCCAGUGGUUCAAAGGACUCCUCAGUUCGUGUUUGGAGGUUCUCGGUGCAGAAGGAAGCCGAAGCCUUGGAAGAGGAAGAUAAAAAGAACAGAGUUCUGAAGCUUCGCAGUGUUGUAAUGCAAAUUAAACAUUCUGGCAACAAAUAUUUAACAAUGUCAGUGUUGCUUGAUUCUCUGUUAGCUGGCCAUGAAGGCUUGGUAUCGCAAGUGUGUUGGGCUAGAAGUAUAGUAAAAGAUGGUGUUCAACAUCAACCCUACAGACUUCUCAGUUGCUCCAAGACUGUAGACCGAGCAAUCAUCAUCUGGGAACCUGAAGAAGGCGCAGAUAAAGGAGGUGGGAUAUGGGUAGAGGUGGCACGUCUCGGAGAAGUUGGCGGCAACAUGGAAGGUUACUUUGCUUGUCAGUUCAGCCCUGAUUGCGCUCAAGUCCUUGGCUGCAGCUACCAGGGAGCUUUACACAUGUGGGAAAACCAGAAUAAUUCUUGGGAGCCAUGUGUUGUUGUUGGAGGUCAUUUUAAGGAGGUUACUGAUAUAGCGUGGGAUCCUCAAGGAAGAUAUCUUCUGUCAACCAGUAAAGAUCAGACGACACGCCUGCAUGCCCCCUGGAGGAAUUCAGAGGAGGUAUGGAAAACAGCUUGGCAUGAAGUUGGUCGACCCCAGGUACAUGGCUACGAUAUGGCUUGUAUUUGCAGUCUUGGUACAUUCAAGUUUGCCUCGGGAGCUGAAGAGAAGGUCAUACGUGGGUUUUCUGCCCCAGCUAAUUCGAUCCGUAACUUCGGCCAAAUAACUGGAGACUGUGUCAAGGGAGACAUUGAUAAAUGUGAUGUUGGAGAAGGUGCCUCAGUUCCGUCUCUUGGGCUAUCAAACAAAUCUGUCAUGAUAUCAGACUUGGAGGAGGGUCAGCAAAUUCAGGAACAAGGAAGAGAAGAAAUACAAGCAUAUUUCAAGCCUGUAUCACUAACGGCACCCCCUACAGAAGACCAGUUAAUGCAAAAUACACUAUGGCCCGAAGCAGCAAAACUCUAUGGGCACGGACAUGACAUCAUUGCCUUGGCAGCAACAAGUGACGGAUCGAUUUUAGCCUCAUCUUGUAGAGCGGCGCAGGAAGUAGAUGCUAAUAUCAUACUAUGGGAUGCCAAGAAGUGGCAACAAGCAGAUGUUCUGUUGAAGCACCGCCUGACCGUGACGCAGAUGGAGUUUUCGAGUGAUGACAACUAUUUGUUGUCAGUUUCCCGUGACCGCACUUGGGCCAUUUUCAAGAGGGAACCAUCAGAAAAUAAUGCAGGAAUAACGUACAAGUUAUCAGAUUCCUCAAAGAAGAAGGAAACGAUGCAUGCUAGAGUAAUUUGGUCUUGUGCCUGGUUGCCUGAUUCAAAGCACUUCGUCACGGCGUCCAGAGACAAAACCGUAGCCGUGUGGAGUCGUGGUGACGACGAGGGAUGGACCAGAGUCUCGCUCUUAAACGAAACUGACGAGGUGACUGCUGUUGCAGCAACGGUGGUUGAAAGCAGUGAAGGGAAAUCUCAGUGUCUCAUAGCAACAGGCUUAGUGAAUGGAAUGAUCAAGAUUAGAUGUUAUAGCAUAGAAGAAUCUUCAUUUUCUACCAAAGUCUUGCAGAUAUCCCCUCAGCACCACAGGACAGUGAAACGGCUCAAGUUCAAACCAUCAGCACAAACCUGCCCUGUCUUAGCAUCAUGUGGGGAAGAUAACAGAGUUCAAAUCUAUGAAAUUUUAUUGUGAGAAAUCUUAGCAACCACUGCACAUGCGUUUUGUAUUUAGUUAAACGUUAAUUAAAUUAUA